UUCCCCUUCGUGAUGGUUCCGAACUCAAGGGGGUCGCUCUCUACUCUCCCCGUGCUGCUGCUCGGCGGAGCCGCCGUUCUACUCUCCGUCUUCCUCCUCCUCCCUUUCUUCCUCAGAUCCUCCCCCCUGUGCUACUCGGAGCACCCGCGCAGCGGCGUCGGCGGAAGCGGCGAUGGCGGAGGGAGGUCGGGACUGGCGGAGGCUUCCCGCGGGUCAUCGUCUUCGGAUCCGAUCUCGGCAUCGGCUGAAGACGUCGCCUGGUUGAGGGAUCAGUUGAGUACGAACGCGCUCCGGGAUCCGCCCACAACGGCCGAAGGCUGGCACCUGCUCCGUAAAGGGAUCAACCCGCGCUCUAGGGCUCAGCAGCUGGAAGAUUUGCGGAAGUUCAAAGGAAUCUCGCACUAUGAAGACGGAGCCAACAAUCACACAGCAAUGCCAUGUCCUGGAGAAUUACUGGUAGAAGAGCACCACAGCAACUAUGGAGAGCCAUGGGCUGGAGGGCGUGACGUAUUUGAGUUUCUUGCAAAAGCUGUCAAUUUGGCUCCAGACUUCCGCGUUCUCGAGAUUGGAUGCGGCACCCUCAGAGUGGGUCUACAUUUCAUUCGCUACUUGGUAGCGUCUCACUUUCAUUGCCUUGAAAGAGAUGACUUGUCACUCAUGGCUGCUUUUAGAUAUGAACUUCCUUCACAGGGUCUCCUGCACAAGCGCCCUUUGAUUGUGAAAGGCGACAACAUGGACUUCAGUAAAUUUGGCACUGGGAUCACCUAUGAUCUGAUCUAUGCUAGUGCUGUUUUCCUUCACAUGCCAGAUGCUCUUGUAUGGACCGGCCUGGAAAGGCUCGCUUCUAGAUUGAAGCCUUCUCGGGGUCGAAUUUUUGUCUCUCAUAACAUAAAAUUCUGCACUCGUCUUCAUGGGGACGAAUGCACAAAGCGCCUUUCGAAUUUGGGCCUAGAGUAUGUUGGAAAACAUACACAUGAUAGCCUGCUCUUCAAUCACUAUGAGAUAUGGUUUGAGUUCAGACGGACAUAAAAGGUUUGAGAUGUGGUAGAAUUCAUCCUACGUUCAAAUUCUUUAUUCAUCUUGAGCAGCUCGAUUCAUCUAGAAAGCAUUUGGAAUCUUCGUUGAUAGUUGACCAGUCCUGCCUUAAUCCAGUUCCUCUUGAGUGCGCUCUCUGCUACAUUACUGGAAACUUGCUCGUGUUCGUGUCGAAGCCAUGUCUCAACGAAUCUCUUCUUUUCACCAAGGAGAAGCUGCCGAGUGCCGACGAGUUGUCUCUUCUCCUGGUUAACUUUUGAAUCUGUGUUGUUGUCAUAACUAAAAGAGUGGACGAAUGCAGGAUGUAGCUGGUAUGUUACAAACCAGCAUGCUGCUCGUGUUGUUAUUAUUAUGAUGUAUCAUUUCAUUUUAUGCUUUCAGUUUCAGUCUUUUCCUGCCAAUGAGCAAUUCUUUGGUUGUAUUUCUUGGUGGUCCAUUGCUCAAUGUACCCUACACUGAGUAGUGGUUUUUUAUGGAGGAUCUGUAUUUGUUUA